UUGUGGGCGGAGUCAAUAUUCAUGAGCGUUUAAAAUUAUCAAAAUCUUUUCCACUGUCAUCGGACAACCAUUGAAGACAAGGAUAUUUUAUUCACGAAGGAUUUUAAUAUUUAAUUUGGAAUUACUUUUCAAAUUUAAUUAGUGAAUUCUAUUGUUUUAUAAUACUUUUAGUUAGGAGUUUUCAAGUGUAAAAGGGGUGGGCUUGCUAUUUGUGAAUAUAAGCGGCGUCCACAUGUUGGACAAAACAUUUGUUUGUGUUUUGAAAAUGUGAGUGCUAUUUGACAACAUCUUUUUGAAGAAAAGAGAAACUCAGGAUGGCUGCUUGUGGUGGUCAUUCCCCGAGUUUAAGUCCAUCUUUCAUGGCAGAUGAAAAGGGAUGUUACAAUUCUGGUCCCCCUUUAGCACAUCAAAUAAAAGCUGGGAGACCUUGUUCUAACUGUCCAAAUGUAUGUCCUGGGUUUGAGCUACAUUAUUGGAGAAAGAUCUGUAAGCACUGCAAAUGUCCACCAGAAACCCACGAUAUGACGACAGGAGGUGAACCAGAUCAAACAUUGCAUCGGUUGAUCCACCAUGAUGCCAAACGUAAUUCUACCUCUGAUGAUGAUAGUGGAUGUCCUCUUGAGGAAUACACAUGGGUACCACCAGGACUCAAGCCAGAACAGGUUCACCAGUAUUUCAGUGGAUUACCAGAAGAUAAAGUACCUUAUCUUAACAGUCUUGGUGAAAAGUACCGUGUGAGACAGUUACUGCAGCAGUUACCUCCCCAUGACAAUGAAGUGCGAUACUGUAAUGUUCUCAGUGAGGAGGAAAAGAGGGAACUACGGAUGUUUAGUUCCCAAAGAAAGAGGGAAGCCCUGGGGAGGGGAAGUGUACGACCAUUACCACUGACCAUGCAGGGCAGUAUAUGUGCAAAGUGCCAAGAAAUGAUCCCAGGAGGUUGUAUGGCAGUGUUUGCAUCUCGUGCAGGACAUGAGAAAUGUUGGCAUCCUAAAUGUUUUACUUGUCUGAGUUGUGAUGAAUUAUUAGUAGAUUUAAUCUAUUUCUAUAAAGAUGGAUUCCUGUAUUGUGGCAGACAUCAUUCAGAACUGAUCAAACCACGAUGUGCAGCCUGUGAUGAGAUUAUUUUUGCUGACGAAUGUACUGAAGCCGAGGGAAGGAGUUGGCAUAUGAAACAUUUCUGUUGUUUUGAAUGUGAUAAACAGUUAGGCGGACAGAGAUAUAUUAUGAAAAAUGGACGACCAUAUUGCUGUGUAUGUUUUGAACGAAUGUUUGCUGAAUAUUGUGACACAUGUGGUGAUAAUAUAGGGGUUGAUCAUGGACAAAUGACCCAUGAAGGUCAACACUGGCAUGCGACAGAACAUUGUUUUAAAUGUCAUACUUGUCAGAAGUCCUUGCUAGGACAACCAUUUUUACCAAAACAUGGUGUUAUAUAUUGUUCUGCAUCAUGCAGUCGUGCAGGUUCUAUGCAGACUCAAACACCUCGACGAGCAGAAGAUUAUUUAUUACAAGAUCAAAGUGAUAUAAGACUAGGUUCACCUAUAAGUCAUGCUUUACAAGAUAACAGUGUGGCUAGCAUACAGGAAGUUUUACGACAACAGUAUUCUUUGACGGACAGUCUCCCUUCAUCAGACCGUGACCAGGGCUAUGCUACAAGUAGUAAUAGUGAAGUAUAUGCCCCAGGAAUAUAUGAACCAAUAUCUACGCAGAUAUCAAUGAUUAAAGAUAUGCAUGAUGAUAGUUAUAACUUUGAGGGAUUUAAAGAAUCAUUACCAAUACAGGAAUCUAAAAUAAGUAAUCGUCUUUCACAAUUUUCUAUGCCUGACUUGACAGUAGAUCCCCCUAUUAUUCCCGCUGUAGAAAGAAGACCUACUUUUGAUCCCAGAAAUAGAAGUCGAUCUGGUUCAGAAAAGAAUUUGUCAGUGCAUUUUCAAAAUUACGAGGAAUUAGGUGCUACCUAUUAUGAUGUUCCUUAUGUACAUAACAAUAAUAACCACCAUGAAUGCCAUAGAAAAAUUCAUAAAAGUGGGUCAAAUAGUAAUCAAGGUUCGUUCAGGUCACAUCCUGAAUUGAGAGAAAACUUUUCACCGCAGACCCCUGAUCAUAAUACUACACCAGUGAAUGAAGAACAGAAAAUGAACCCAAUAACACGUCCAAAAAAUGUGCAAUUUGAACCGAAUCCUCAAGUAUCAAGAUAUCCAAGAAGUAGAAGUUUUGAAGGAAAACCACGAGGACAUUAUUAUGAUAGAAGUUUCCAACAUGAAAUGCCUCAAGGCUAUGCUGAAGGUUAUGAUGAUGACAGAUGUAGUACCUGUUCUAGUUCUAGUGACUCUGAUGACUAUCCAUAUUACUAUGAACCUCCUCGGCGUAGUGCCGGUCCAAGAAUUACGUAUGUUGACGAUAUGGGUGUUGGACUCGGAGGUAAUAAUACCUACCAAACAUUACCUCUUGGUAGAGGGAGACAUAAAAAUAAGAAUAAACAAUGUGUGAUAUCUUAGAUACUUAGAUAUACAUGUAUAGUCUAUAAUUAUGACGUAAUAUAAACUUCAUGUGCUUUGUUGUGAAUAUAAAAAUAUUUAGAAUGUCAAUAGGUGUUCCACAUAAGAUAAUGUUUAUGUACAACUUAAACUUAAACCAAAGAAAAAGAUUCAAAACCUCAGUGAUGUUCCAAUUUUAAGCAAAAAACUUCAGUUUAAUAAAUCAAUUUUAACUUAAUUCACAAUCAAAAUUUUUAGAAGUUGGAUUAUUUGAUUAUACAUCAUUUUUGUACAUUGUACAUGUAACAUGUUUUAUGUAAAUCAGAAAAAGCAACAAAAUAUAGUAGAAUAAAUCACUCAAAUAUGUAUACAGUGACAAUAUGAAUUUAUAAAACUAUUUUCCACAUUUGCCAUAGAUAUUAUACUUUUUGUUCAAAAAUGUAGUUUUCAAAAGAUAUUUCAUGUCCAGAUUUGUGCCAAACUAUUUUAUAUCUAAAUUUAGUCAUUUUAAUCAUGAUAGUAUUUAAGAUGGUUUAUUUCCAGCACUUUCUCAUUAUGUUUAAACAAUAAUUACACAUUUACAUUUACUUUAAUAUUUAUAAACUAUAUAUGCAUUGAAAUUAGUCCUCUAUUUAUAAAUCAUUAUAAUAUAUACUGGUAAUAAUAAUACAGGGUAGAUUGAAUUAAUUAAAAUCUAGUCAUUUAUUAACUAUGAUACUCUAUAUUUAUAGCAAAUGCUGGACUAUAUUACCUUCAUAACAAAUGCCACAUAUAAUUAUUCACCCAGUCCAGAAUACCAUCUGUUAAUGAUACACUUUGCUUUCGUGAGUUAAUUUUGAGACUGGUAGUUUGAGUUGUGAGUUUGAGUUUGAGUUUUUGAGAGGGGGCACAUAUGUCAGCACCUUCAGUUUGUAAAAAUGUUUAUUUUUUUUUACUUUAAAGAAAGUUGCUGUUCUUUUUUUUCUAGAUUUAAAGUAUCUUUGAUUCUUCUUUACUCUGGAUUCCAAACUAUUGGACUUUAAAACACUUUAGUAAAUUAUUUUUUUGUAAUCUUUAAGAUGCCUCUGCCAUUAUAGUAAAAUCCUGGAUUUAAAAGAAGACAAACAAAUCUUUGAAAUAUUGUUAAUCUUAAUAAUUUGUUUUUAAAUUAACAAUUGAGAUUUCAAAAUGAGAAUGAAGUUAUGCCAUCUUUCUAAUUAGUCACUCUGUUUUCUAUUUUGUUUACAUUUUCAUGCAGUAGGAUGUCGAUGAAAUUAUGGUUGUCUCCCUUUGUAUUAUCCAAUAAAUGUGUGUAAAUAAGCAAUACCAACAAAUCUCACAUAAAAGUUGUGUCUCUCAGUACUUGUCAUUUCUGUUUAACCAAGAAUUUGAUGUCAUCUGUUUAGAACACACCCAUGUUGAUUUCACCUGUUUAGAACACACACAUGUUGAAUUCACAUGUUUAGAACACACACAUGUUGAAUUCACCUGUUUAGAACACACACAUGUUGAUGUCACCCGUUAAGAACACACACAUGUUGAUGUCACCUGUUUAGAACACAAACAUGUUGAUGUCACCUAUUAAGAACACACACAUGUUGAUGUCACCUGUUUAGAACACACAUGUGUUGAUGU